UUUAUUCCGUGCUAAUUACAUGGUACGUUCCCUUGUCCAUCCAGUUCUCUUUAGUGUUUGCCAAUGUUGGAGGUGUAACUGGGGUCUGGCCCUGGACAAAGGAAUAGAGCAUGGCUCAAGUGAAAGUACAGACCACAGCACCCCUGGCUGGUCCUGGCCUCUCCCCUGGAGUUUCACCCACUGCCAUGGCCAGCUCAGGAUCUCUGGGUCUGCAGCCUUCUGUCAACGGCACAGGCCCGGCCCCCACACCCGCCUGUCCUGCUCCUGCAGUCGGAUAUGGGGACGCCCCUGUGUCUGCCUCACCACCAGGCUCGCCCCAGGAGAACAUGGCAAACCCUAAAGAGAAAACUCCAAUGUGCUUGGUGAAUGAGUUGGCCCGUUUCAACAGGAUCCAGCCUCAAUACAAGCUCCUCAACGAACGAGGCCCCGCACACGCUAAGAUCUUCACUGUGCAGUUGACUCUUGGGGAGCAGGUGUGGGAGGCAGAGGGCACCAGCAUUAAAAAGGCCCAGCACUCUACUGCUGCCAAAGCGCUGAGCGAGAGCGUCCUUCCCAGGCCAGCGCCACGCUCCCCUAAAGCAGACGUCAACAGCAACCCAGGCAUCCUCAUUGACACAGGCAGUAUAACACCCACAGUGGAGCUGAACGGCCUAGCCAUGAAGAGAGGGGAGCCUGCUAUAUACCGGCCUUUGGAUCCUAAGCCCAUGCCCAACUACAGAGCUAAUUACAACUUCAGAGGGAUGAUAAACCAAAGGUACCAUUAUCCUGUUCCUAAGAUCUUCUAUGUGCAGCUUUCUGUGGGGAGUCGGGAGUUUAUUGGGGAGGGACGAACCCGCCAAGCAGCGAGACACAACGCUGCCAUGAAAGCUCUCCAAGCCCUGCGCAAUGAACCCAUCCCCGAACGGCCACCGCAGAGCCCUGAGGAGAAAACAGAGGUUCAGGAAGGAACUGAUGCAAGUAAAUCAGAGAUCAGCCUGGUUUAUGAAAUCGCUCUCAAGAGGAACUUGUCUGUUAAUUUUGAGGUGUUGAAGGAGAGCGGUCCCCCACACAUGAAAAGCUUCCUGACCCGAGUCACUGUUGGAGAGUUUGCUGCUGAGGGUGAAGGAAACAGUAAGAAGCUGUCGAAGAAGCGUGCUGCUCUGACCAUCCUGCAGGACCUGAAGAAGCUGCCCUUCAUACCCACCGUGGAGAAACCCAAGACGCACUACAAGAAACGCACCAAGACUAUCCUCAAGACGGCUCCGGACUACGGUCAGGGCAUGAACCCCAUCAGCCGUCUAGCCCAGAUCCAACAGGCCAAGAAAGAGAAGGAACCAGAGUACCAGCUGCUUUCUGAAAGAGGGAUGCCUAGACGUCGAGAGUUUGUCAUGCAGGUGAAGGUGAAUAACGAGGUUGCCACGGGAACAGGACCUAACAAGAAGGUGGCCAAGCGUAACGCUGCUGAGGCGAUGCUGCUGCAGCUGGGAUACAAGGCCUCCACUGUCCCUCAGAGCCCCUCAGAGAUGGACAACAAAGGCUGGAACGGACAAAAGGCGUCUUUUACCGAAGCAACAAGUAACACUCAGAAGGGGCUCCUCCACCUCAGCCCGGACGUGUAUCAGGAGAUGGAAGCCAGUAGAAAGCAGAACAGCAGUGCACCGAGCUCUUGUGGCAGCGGUGGAGGGUCCAUCAACUACAUACCAUCUAAAGACAUGGGGUCCUGCUCUGCCCCAGUACCCCCAGGAAAUGCCCCGUAUUACAGCGGCUCACCCUCAUCAACCAGCCCGACCGCUACUAUGGCCCGGGAGCUGCUGCUGAACGGUCAGGCACCUCAGUCCCCCACGGCUGAUGGCUCUGUGCCCAUGAAGGGGAAGAACAUGGCCUGUGGCGUCUCCGUGCAGCCAGCGCAGCAGCUGGACUACCUGGCUCACAUCCAGGGCUUCCAGGUGCAGUACAGUGAUGCACAGAGUGGGAAGGAGAAUGUGACCUAUCUGACCUUAUCCCCUGUGCAAAUGACUUUCCACGGCACUGGGAGUACUCUCCAAGCCAGCCAUGAUCAGGCUGCUCUAAGUGCCUUGAAACAGCUGUCGGAGCAGGGCCUGGACCCCAUCGAUGGCCCCAUCAAGACUGCUGAACCAUGUGGGAGGGAGGACGGACAUUAAACAGACUAACUCAGGCACCACCACUCAGGUCUGCAAGGAUUCAAAGGCUGUCGUCAAGGAGCUGACUACCCCAAACCCCCUUCCUUCUACAAAACUCUCCCACCACCCUCCCAAAUCCCUUAAAACCCAUGGCCAUGCCCCGAAUUAGCCAAAACCUACACCCCAAUACACCCUCACCCCACGAUUGCCACUGUAUCCUGCAAAACCUGUCAACAUGCAAUAGGGUGGAUGUACACCGAGAAAUGACCGACUAAAACACCAUCACCUGAGUCUAUGUGAAGACAACGCUAUCUUAACAUGUUUAUUGAUCCUUUCUAUCGAAAUCCGAAUGACAAAACACUAAGUAAUGAGAUAAUUGCAUGGUACUGUCUGGAAUCAAGGGAAGUCCAAAGUGAAAUAUACAUAAAAGACAUUUUUCCCUUUGGAUAAAUGUUGCUAUGGUUAAAACAAAUAUGUACAUCAUGCCAUUGAUUUCCUAUAGAAACCUUUUGAAGGAGAGAAACCAACUUGCGUACCGUAGCUUUUGUUUUUAUUCGGAGGUAUUAUGUUACCUUUAUUUUUGUUUUGUUUUGUUGUUAUUUUAUUAAUCUAACAAUGCUUGAGUACUGUCUUUCAAAUUAACCAAUGCCAGUGCUGUGAAAGUUGUAGUUGUUGUCUUCAUAUAUAGUCACCCAGCUUACCUGUAUGCUGACAAAGAAAAAAGACAAAACAGUUCAUCUACUCUAUGGAUGUGUAUGACUUUGCAAGAGUAUCAUAUUACGAAAAGAAACACAAAAGUUUUUUAUGUGGACAAAAAAAAAGCAAAACUGGUGUUAGCAUUAAUCAUAAGAAGUGUUGCCCACCGAGGAGGGACGGUUGGACCGGUCUCCUUCCAGUCCUGUCUCAACGUGACCCCACACCGGCAUAGCAUCGCUGGAGCACUGCCCUUUGAACAGCCGAGGCAAAACUUUUUAACCUAUAAAGAGGCCAGUCCUGAUUGAGAGCGGUUAGAUGUUUGCACACAUCCUCUGAUGCCAGUAAACUUUUAACGUAGAGUCUGAUUCAGACUGCAUGUUCUUCAGUCAAAGAGAAGUUUUCACUAUUCCAGUGAUUUUGUGUCAGUGGAUGUCCCCUCUCUGCCCCCCUUACAGUUUUGUCGAUCACAUCUACACCCAUUGUGUGUGUUUAUUGACUUGCCAAGGCAUCAACUGGGUGCUUUUAAUGCCUGCGAUUCUGAAGUGCACCUUUUGGAGCAGAGAGAGCCCGCGGUUAAAAAAAAAAUGCCGACUCCCGCCCCUGAAUGCCACUUUGGAUCACUUUGUCCACUGACAUUGAGGAUGUGUCUCCUUCUUCGCUGUGAGUGCAAUGUGUAAAAGUCCGUUUCUGUGACUGAAAUGCAGUAAAAACACCUCAGUUUAUGUGGAAAA